AUGAACCUCUACCACACCUCAAAUUUCAAUGACAUACCUUUCAAAAUAAUCAUCAUCAUGUUUACAUUGUCACUGUUCACACAACCAACUAAUACUCAAACUUAUGACGGAAAGACAUUCAACAGAAAUGAUUGUGAAAAGACCAAAGGAUGCCUAUUCCAUCCGCCUAAAUGUAAACUCUACAAUAACUGUUACUACGCUUUUUCGUAUGUCACUGACAGUAAUCGACUGUAUAUGGAAAUAUAUGGCAACUUAAACUAUGUUCAAGCCGACUAUGGGGCUUAUGUGGCAGUCGGGUUUUCGACUGAUGAACUUAUGGUAAGAGCUAGCAGUUAUAUUAGGUCAAAAACUUUUUUUAGGGUAUGGAUACUGUAACAGAAUGCAGCAGCUUCCAAGGACGACCAUUCCAAGGUCGAUUAUCCUCAAACCCAGGCAAAAGUAACCGCAGAGUUACUGUUGAUGAAGUAAGUUGCCUAUACCUCAUUGAGUUUUCCCUACAGUCUUAUAUCUACCUCUACAGUUUCACCUCGAAUAACAAGAGCCUUAUAUAGGACUCUGAACUAGGCUCUGGCCUAGAGCUCUCAGCUAGGGUCUUGGGCUAAGACUUUGGGCUAGUGCAAUGAGGUAGGGUUCUAGGCUAAGGCUCUGAACCUUAUUUUGCGCCUCUAAGCCAAUUUAUAACAAAAUCCAAACUUAACCCAAAGCCUACUACAAAAUCGCUCCUAAUCAUUUUCCAGAUCAGCCAUGACAUAAUGUUGCAAACAAUAUCCUCUCAUUACUCAAACAAAACCUUAUAUUGCUUACUAUCCCAAUCCAUAUACCCUAUAAACGGAAUUAAAGAUUAUUAUGUUCGACCAUUAAAUGAAGAGUACUUUCUAUUGUUUGCUUCAGGCCUAACUGAUGGUGAAGGUAAUUUUGCUGUUUUAUAGUGAAAAAGGUUGCUCGCAUUAGGCUUAUGAUCAAUAUUAAGCUAGCUAAACAUCUUUUGUUGCUUUUUAAACAGAAACCAUAUCAAAAACAUGGGUUUACACUGCCUUUUAGCCAUGGAUAACAUAAUUUACCGUUACUUUUUCAAGAUUUUACCCAAAUCUUAAAUGUAAUGACAUAACUUCGCAUUAUAAAGCUUUUACCACUCUCUAAACUACGUAUCCCACCCAAUUUUAGACCAAUGUUUACAUUUUACAUGGUAUAUUAACAGGAUUUCCGCUUCAAAACAUCAAAAUUCAGGCAUUUAGCCAAAAGAAACGUUUUUUUUAAAUUCCUUAAACUGCUGACGUCCAAUACCAUGUUUUAGAGUUGGUGGUACAUGCACUAGAUGUCAAAUUGUCCAAUUUUCCAUUUGUCACACAACAUCCAGUCAAUUUGAAGGCUUUUCAUGCUGAUAGUAAGUUGAGAUCUACUAUAAUAAAGUUGUAUGUGAUGAACCAAAAAACUUGCUACUCCGGUAUUUUACCAAGAUUUUAUUAAUGUCCAGCAGCUUUUCAACCAAUAAUUGGCGAAAAAAAGACAGUAAAACGUCCAAAAUUGAUCAUAGUUAUAUUAUCCAUGAUGCCAGACCUAAAAAUCAAACAAAAACAAUAAAAAUUACCUUUCCAGAUCUCGCUGAUCUGUUUAACAGCACAUCCUUGAGCAGUUUCAAUACCACUGACAUUGGAGAACCUUCGGAAGGCAGUUUCAACAAGUCUGCCAAGGUUUUGAGGAUGGAUUCGACCAUUGACCACGCCACAGAAAGUCACAGAAGUGUUCGUGACCGGCAACAAGAAGGUGUCCAUUUUCAAACCAGAAUUAGGCUUACCACAGCUCAUGGUGAGGAUAAAAAUGGCUAUUAGAGUUUUUAUUAGGUUUAUCCGGGGAGGUUUUGAAGUUGUUACCUAAAAAGAUAAAAAUUACAGCAAAAUUAAUUGAAACAUCAUUAGUGGCAUAAAAUAAGGUUAAGGUUACAAAGAAAAACUUGUACAUGAUUUAAAAUUGUUAUAAAAGUUCUAGAACGCUAUAUUCAAAAAGUUUUAUCUUCUUUCACAUCUUUCGACCAUGUACAACACCAAAAUACAUUAUUCCUUGGGCAAAAACAAUAAAAUCUUUAAAAAAUAAUCCAAAAAUGACCUGUGGCGUAUUUUACAACAAAUAACUCUAUAAAUUACCUAAAUAUGUCGCCUUUACAUCAAAAAGUUGUUCAAAAUCUUGGAAAAUAAUAAUUUUCCCUUUUUCAAGCAGCGCCCGCACUCUGCAGGCUGCACAAAGUUUUUUUAUGGCAAGAACUUUUAAUGUAGCAAAGCCUAAACGAUAAUUAGUUUUUUAGUAUUUAGGGUAUAUGAAACUAAUUUUUAUUACAUUGACAUCAUUUUAGGUAUCACAAUGUGCUUUUCAUGGUUAGUGUUGGUACCUUUAGCAAUAUUGAUAGCAAGAUACGGGAGGAGAAUAUGGGGACCAGACAAACGGCUGCUCAAUGUUCCGAUUUGGAUUCAUGUGAGUUUAUUAUUGUUUUCUGUUACCUAAAAUUGUUUUGAAAUGUAUUUUUGUAAAAUAUGACACACCUAACUUUAAUAAAUUCAGUGUCAUCGCUUGUGCAAUAUAUUGGCCUGUGUUAUCAUGACAUUUUCAACUGUAGCCAUCUUCGCGGCGCAUGGUUGGCAUUGGCAUGGGUUGGAAUUUACUCAUGUAAGUUUGUUUUACCAUAACUAAUUAUAUUUCCUUAAAAAGCCUUUAUUUACAAGGCUUUUUCAUCAAAAAUGUCAUGGAUAAUAUAAGAUUUCUAGCUACAACUCAAAGUUUAUGUAUUUUUAGGUAACAAAGCUUUUUCAAAUUUAAAGCAAAUGUAUUUUAGGGCUCAACGUUGGAUUUGCAUGGGUUUCUGGGUUUAUUUGCGGUCAUAUUCGCUUGGUCACAAGUUUUGAAUUCGAUUUUUCGCUGUAAAUUGGGUAGCUCGUUAAGAAAGUGCCAUAACUUUUUGCACAGGACAGUGGGAUUGGUCACUGUGAUUUUGGGAUGUAAGUUGGACUUUACUGCUUAUAUUGUUAUCAAUUUUGUGACUUUUGAGCUGCUGGUACACUUGGUACAGGGCUUCAAAGUUGGGGUAGUCUGA